AUGCGUUACUUCAUCGGUGCCGCCCUCCUCAUCGCCGGAGUCACCGCGCAAUCCCUCACUGACAUCGAGACCUGCGCCGAUGCCAUCCUCUCCGGAAUCGACUCCUCCGCCCUAGAGACCUGCUCAGACAAGAGCACAAAGGACUGCAUCUGCUCAGGCGACUUCAAAGACGCCGUUAGCGACGCAGCAGCCAGCACCUGCAAAGACGCCGGCAUCAGCCCAGACGACCUCAAGAGCGCGUUCUGCUCCAGCUCCUCCAGCAGUGACAGCGUCGAGGCCCCCGCCCGCCACGCCAGCAAGCCCAUGGAGCCCGCCAGCAACAUGAACUCGAACAUGGAGAUGGCCGAGGCCGGCGUCAAGCGCGCAUAUGCGCCUCCCUCGUCCGAUGUUUCCGCUGCCGCUGCCAUGCCCCAGGUUAUCUAUGUGACUGAGACCAAGACCGAGUGCGGGUGCAAGGCUACUAGUACCCCGGCUCGCUUUGAUCCCAUGCACUUGUCUCAGAUCCCGGUCAAUGUGCCGGCUAGCAGCAGUGUGAUGGGUAGCAUGGCGGCCGCUUCGGCUUCGUCGCCUGUUUGGUCGAAUGGUGUCAUGGUUGUGGGUGGUUCGGCUUCGUCGAGAGUUUGGGGCUCUAUGGCUACCCCUACGCCGUCCGGGGCCAGUGCGCAGGGCUUUCGCCCUUUCAAGGGUGCUGCACCGGCGGUUAGUGCUGUGGCUGGAUCUUUUGCCGCGGUUGGUGUUGCGGCUGUUAUGGGGCUGAUGUUUGCUCUGUAA